UUCUCUGUUGUACUUUUGAAUAUUAAUUAUCAAUAAAUUAUUAUACCAGUUUACAAAAGAUGGGAACAUUUGAUGUUUAUGAUCCAUUGAGAAAUGUCAAUAUAAAUUUUACUGAAGAGCAAUUAAUAGAAAUUUCAGAGUGGUUUGAUGCAACUUCUAAGCCGCGUUUGGUUAUAAACAAUGGAGAUCCCAUAAAUGUUAUAACUAUAGACGAUCUCAAACAGUUUUUGGAGCUUAAAAAAAUUCAUAGAAGAAGUUUUCAUUAUCCAUCCUAUGGAGAAAUUAUGAUUGAAGCAGAAAAAUUAAAAGCUGGUGUAUCAAGAAUGUUAACAAAAGAACAAAUGAUUUAUAUGUUGAAUAAAUGGACGUUGAUACCAAAUUUAAAACACGAAUUAAAAUUAGCUUUUAAGGUUUUCGACACCGAAAAGAGAAGUUUUCUAGACAUAGAAGAAAUAAAAGUAAUUGUGAAUACCUAUGGUGAUGUUUUUAAUGAAUCGGAAACUUUAGAAAUGUUACGUGACGCAAAUGUGUCUGGAAAUGGAAAUGUGUUCUAUGAGGAAUUUGUUGAAAGUCUUUUUAGCCGGGCGCCUGAACUAAACGAAAUAAAGGCAGAAUACUUAUAUGACGAUCCUGAUGAAGAUCCCUCUGUACCACCUGAAGCUGUUCCAGAGAAUAUGCAACAACCACCACUAAAAGACUCCAAAUAAAUAAAGUCUGAUUAC